CACAUAUAUAGUAGCUUAAUUAUGUAAUUCUUGUUUAUAUAUAUAUAUAUAUAGAAGGACAAAGCUUUAAACUCCAUUUUAAUUUGCUUGAACAAAAAGCAAAAUAAAAACAAGGAAUUCUCUCCGUGCCUCAGUUUCUCUGCAAAUUAUAGGAAAACAAUAAACCGACAUUUAUCCUCUGUUUCCCAGCUUUUUAUCUUUGGAGUUUGGUUUCUGGAGAAGACAAAAGUUUCUGUCUUUUUAAGAGCUCGAGUCUCGAGAUCCAUACCAUACUAUACUUAAGUGGAAAUAAUUAAGUGGUCUUCUCGAGAAACUUGACCUGGUUUUCGGGUUGGAUCCUCAAUUUGGUAAUGAUGGAUUUGGGGGUUAAGCAAGUAUUGAAGAGUCUCUGUUUCAGCCAUGGAUGGUCUUACGCUGUGUUUUGGCGCUAUGAUCCCAUUACUCCCAUGUUAUUGAGAUUUGAAGAAGCACAUAGUGAUGAACAAUCAGCAGCACUCGUUGGCGAAAUGAUUCUCCAGGCUCAUAUCUUAGGCCAAGGAAUCGUGGGAGAAGCUGCUUUAACCGGAAACCACCAAUGGCUGUUCUCAGACACAAUGUUUCAGUGCCAACACGAGUUUCAGAAUCAGUUUCUCUCUGGCUUUAAGACUAUCGCAGUCAUUCCGGUAGGAUCAAGCGGCGUUGUUCAGUUAGGAUCUACUCAAAAGAUUGUUGAGAAACCAGAGAUGUUGGGACAAACAACAAGAGCUCUGCAGGAGAAUCGCUUGAAACAACAAGAUCAAACGGUGGAUCUCGAUACUCUGUUCGAGUCUCUGGUACCACUGGGAGACCAAGAGAUUGUUGUCCCUGAAUCUUUUCAAGGACUCUGCUUUGAUGAAAUCUUCACAGACGACAAUCCUCCUUGUUUGGUCAGCACUGAGAUCAUCUCUGAUACCACCUGUGAAGCACCUCUAAUACCUUCUUCACACCAAGAUGAUCUAAGCCAUGGAGAUGAUUUUGGGUUCGACAUUCUCAGCUCUUACUCUUUGGACGAUCUGUACAAGCUGCUCGGUGAUUCGCCGGAGCAGAAAUGCUCAUCAGGUGAUCAUCAGGAGAACUCCGUGGUGAUCCAGGGAAAUGAUGACAAGGAUCUUUUCGACAUGUUGGGGAUCAGUUCAGGUGAUUCGUGGUCUGUUAGUCAGCAAGGAGUUGCCGCAAGGCCUAAAGGACUCUUCUCUGAGCUCAUAAGCAGCAGCCUUAGCAACAGCAACAGCAAUGUGCAAGAGUGUUACUCUGGUCUGAGUCAGAGCAAAAGACGGAAGCUUGAAACAUCAUCAGCGAAUAGCUCAAGCUUCUCAGUAACAACUCUUGUCAACGCUGAUGAAGACAGAUCAAGCGUGGCAGGGAAGUGGAAGAAGCCUCAUGAAGGAGUGAAGAAGAAAAGAGGAAAGGCAGGAGAAAGCAGGAGACCGAGGCCUAAGGACCGUCAGAUGAUACAAGACCAUAUCAAGGAGCUGCGAGGGAUGAUUCCAAAUGGAGCAAAGUGUAGCAUUGAUACGCUGCUUGAUCUGACGAUAAGACACAUGGUGUUCAUGCAAAGCAUAGCGAAGCACGCAGACACACUCAAGCAACCCUACGAGCCUAAGGAGAGAGAGAGAACAUGGGCGUUGGAAGUGGGGGACGACGAGGAGUCGGUGGUGUGUCCGAUCGUGGUGGAGGAACUGAAGGCGCGAGGGCAAAUGCAGAUAGAGAUGGUGUGCCAGGAAAGUGGUGGGUUUCUGGAGAUUGCACACGUGGUGAGAGGCUUGGGGUUGAACAUAUUGAAAGGAGUGAUGGAAACAAGGCAGGGAAGAGUAUGGGCUCACUUCAUCGUCGAGGCUAAGCCACACCUCACUAGGCUUCAGCUCUUUUGCUCUCUUAUUCUCGGUGAAUCUCUAGCUCGGGAUUAUCCUAUCUUAUUAUUAUACUGUCUCAAAGAGACAAGCUACACCUCAACGUCAUCGUAUCGGAGAUGGCCGCCAAACUUCGUUUCCGGACGAUGUUUCGAUCGGCAAUCGACUCCUACUGCUUCGCCCGCGAUGGAGGAGGCCGAUUUCGCCGAGAAAGAUCCCAGUGGUCGCUACAUCAGGUAUGAUGACCUUCUGGGGAGAGGCGCCUUCAAAACUGUAUACAAGGCAUUUGAUGAAGUCGAAGGGAUUGAAGUUGCUUGGAGCCUAAUGAGCAUCGAAGAUGUAUUGCACAUGCCUGGCCAACUUGAAAGGCUGUAUUCUGAAGUCCAUCUGCUCAAAUCCCUCAAACAUGAUAACAUCAUCAAACUCUUCUACUCUUGGGUUGAUGAUCGAAACAGCACCAUCAACAUGAUCACUGAGCUCUUCACCUCUGGCAGUCUCAGGGUAUACCGUAAGAAGCAUCCCAAAGUUGAUCCCAAGGCCAUCAAGAACUGGGCUAGGCAGAUUCUUAAAGGCUUGAACUAUCUGCACUCUCAGAACCCUCCCGUGAUUCAUCGGGACCUUAAGUGCGACAAUAUAUUCGUCAAUGGAAAUACCGGAGAGGUCAAAAUCGGAGAUCUUGGCCUCGCCGCUGUUAUGCAGCAACCCACUGCUACAAGUGUGAUAGGUACCCCUGAGUUCAUGGCGCCCGAGCUCUAUGAAGAAGAAUACGAUGAACUUGUGGACAUAUAUUCUUUUGGUAUGUGCAUGUUGGAGAUGGUUACAUGUGAAUAUCCAUAUAGCGAGUGCCGAAACCAGGCUCAAAUAUACAAGAAGGUUACCUCGGGUAUAAAACCUCAAUCUCUCAGCAAAGUCGAUGAUCCUCAAGUUAAGCAAUUCAUAGACAAGUGUCUCCUCCCUGCUCCUUCUAGACCAAAUGCUCUAGAGCUUUUGAAUGACCUGUUCCUUGCAACAGAUGGGGCCAAUGACUCCACUCUUGUUGCUUCAUCAAACACAACAUCUAAACCUGUAAAGCCACCACAGUCCGAACAUCUUCCUAUGGAUGUGGAUCAUAAGGGGAAUACAAGUGUUUCCAUCUGCUCCUCUGGUAAAAGCUGCCAAGAAUACCCAUGGCUUCAUACCAUUGAAGUCCAAAGGUUUGCUGAAGAAACCGAAUUCAGGUUGAGUGGAGAGAGGAAAGACGAUGUGACAGCGGCAAUGGCUCUGCGUAUCGCUGGCUCAUCAGGUCAGGCAAGAACAGUUGAUUUUGACUUCUAUCUGAAGUCAGACACGGCAACAGCAGUUACAGGGGAGAUGGUCCAAGUGCUUGAGCUGUCAAGCGAAGAGGUUAUUGUGAUAGCUGAGAUGAUAGAUGAGCUGAUAAUGAAGUUGAAGAAGGCUAACGGAAGCCCGCCUCAUGGAAACAGUUUAUAUCAUGAAGAAGCUGGAGAAUCAAUGAAGUCAGACAUAUCAGCAGACUACUACCACUACCACUAUCCGGUCUCGAACGAGCCUUUGAUGGCCUCGUUUCUGGAUUCGUGCUCAAUGUUACCAAACGAACACUCAGAGGAUCUGAAGGCGGAGCUGAACGUGAUCGAGUCACAAUACAAUCACUCGUUUCAACGACUCAUGAGGUUGCGAGAAGAAGCUAUAGAUAACGCAAAACGGAAGUGGAUGAGUUUGCCAAGUGCGCACAAGCAGCUUUGA